AACUCUCUCUCUCUCUCUCACCCUCACUCUCAUACACAGUUACACACACACUCACACACAAAGAUAAACAGAUUAGAUUCGAUAAAAUAAAAGAGCCCUCUUUUCCUUUUUCUUUUUUUAUUUCUUGGUUUCCUUGCAACAAUAGCACUUUUGUCUCCAUCGGCUUACAUUUUCAAAAGAUGAGUUUAUCAUAGGUAGAUUCAAAGUGAAACAGCAAGAUCUUUGAACAGGAAAAGAAGUUUCACUUAGUAGUCCCUACAUCUUUAAAAAAACUCUCUUUCUCUCUUUAUCUUACGGGAGACAUGAAUCUUCUCUGCCUAUUACCACCCAUGUGGGCAUGUACCUUCUCUUUGUUGUCACUUAUAAUUCUUGCCAGACCAGAGUCAACUGUUUCCUCCAUUUCUGCCUCUGUUCUUCUUUCUAAACAGGAACCCAUUUCUCAAUUUUCUUCAGAAAUGGAAGCUGUUUCUCCGGGAGCGGCUGUGGUUAGAAUAGUGCACCACCAGGAUUUGAACAAGAGAAUUCUUGUAGCUCUAAUUGUUGCCUCCACUCUCCUUGGUGGAAUAUUGCUCUUUUUGAUAUGUUUCUGGAUCUGUAGACAGAAAAACCUGAAGAAUUCCAGUGGGAAAAGCAAACAACACUUGGAACCUACAAAAGCACUUUCAUUGAGUCCAAUUGUGGAUCGGUUUAAUUCCUUAUGGAUGGCUGGCAAGAAGGGUUCAGUAGCUGUUAUUGAGUAUCAGUUAUUGGAAGUUGCGACAAACAAUUUCCAUGAAAGUAAUGUUUUGGGUGAAGGUGGCCGUGGACGUGUCUACAAAGCUCGUUUCGAUGAGAAAUUUCUAGCUGCUGUGAAAAAAUUAGAUGGUGGAGGACAAGAUGCUGAAAGAGAAUUUGAGAAUGAGGUGGACUGGUUGGUCAAAAUCCAGCAUCAGAAUAUAGUUUCACUAUUGGGAUACUGUAUCCAUGGUGAAAUGAGGUUACUUGUAUAUGAAAUGAUGCAAAAUGGUUCUUUGGAGAGUCAAUUGCAUGGACCUACUCAAGGAUCAGCUUUAACCUGGCAUCUACGAAUGAAAAUUGCAAUUGAUGUUGCAAGGGCAUUAGAAUAUCUUCAUGAGCACUGCAGUCCACCUGUUGUCCAUAGAGACAUAAAGUCUUCUAACAUUCUUCUGGAUUCCAACUUCAAUGCUAAGUUGUCAGACUUUGGUCUCGCUGUGACUACUGGAGCCCAAAACAAGAAUGUAAAGUUGUCAGGAACAUUGGGAUAUGUAGCUCCUGAGUACCUCUUAGAGGGUAAAUUGACUGAUAAAAGUGAUGUAUAUGCUUUUGGAGUUGUUCUUCUGGAGCUGCUAAUCGGAAAGAAACCACUGGAGAAAAUGUCACCAACUCAGUGCCAAUCUCUUGUCACAUGGGCCAUGCCCCAGCUUACUGACAGAUCAAAACUUCCAAACAUAGUGGAUCCAGUAAUAAAAGAGACAAUGGAUUUAAGGCAUCUAUAUCAGGUUGCUGCUGUUGCUGUGCUCUGCAUACAACCGGAACCAAGUUAUAGGCCAUUGAUAACUGAUGUCCUGCAUUCUCUCAUCCCUCUUGUACCUACGGAACUAGGAGGUUCACUAAGAGUUACAUAGCCUGUCACUCCUAUCUGCCCUCUCUUUCACUGAUUAUACGAAUCAGAAAUUGUGACUGCGAUGUCUUGACUUUGACUUGCAUCUGAUCUUCGCUUACAAGGUUGCGACGGCCUCUCCUCCUUGCUUGCUGCGCAUUCUUUUCCACAUGAACUUUUCCUCCGGGGGCCUGACGCAAUUUAAGUAUGCCAUGGUGGUGCUUAUUUGAUUGGUUUCCGUAUGUUACAAUGUAAAGUGACUUAAAAAUUGAUACAUGAAGCCUCUUUGAAA